AUGGAAAACGAAACUAUUCUGUCUAAAAUCUUAGAAUCUUUAGAAUCGACGUCAAAAGCUCAACACUCGCUAAAUGCAAAGUUUGAGGAAUACUCAGCUCGAACAGAGAAGGAAUUUAAAAGGGUACACGAAUGUUUGGAUGGAUUGCCUCGUCUGGGGAUUAGCACAAAUGAAAGUCUAGAUGAGCAUUCGAAAAGAAGUCCUCAGGAGUACAUUAAAACAGAUAUUAAAGAAACCGAUAAAGUGAUACCAGAAAUUCGAGCAAAAAUAACACAAUCAGCCUCAGGAACCAAUAAUUUAUUGUAUUCUGAAAGAGUAAUUUUAACAACAUAUCCUGAUCAAUUUGGUAUUAAACCUAUUCCCCUUAAAUGGGCUGAGCUCGAUCCAAAUGUUCGCGGUCCAAUCGUAGCAUCUCGACAUCCUGCAAGCAUUAAGAUUCGUAAUGCUAUUGGUGCAUACGGUGGUUCUUAUUGUGUUUAUCGCGCAUUGGCUGUUGCGAUGGGUGCGCUUGAUCCUAAUCAUCGACCUGAUUUUAAAAAUACCGAACCUACCGUUCAAAUAGGUCCUCAUCCACAAUGGGGAAUACCAAAUAAAAUUGUCUCAUUGGAUCCCUUUGGACAUAUGGCGACUAUCACAUUUGAAAAUGAAAUUGCUAAAGGUCGUGAUAUUCAUCCUACUAUUGCUAUAACCAAAGCACAUAUGAAAUUGCCCGAAAUUGAAAAUUUGGUGAAAUCAGGAAGAUUAAAGAUUGAUGGAAACGUUGUACUUAAUCAAUCAGGAGAAUUAAAUGUAGUAAAAGCAGCAGUUGAGCCUGUUUGGUAUUUACCAGGCGUUGCUGCACGAUUUGGUAUUGAAGAAGGAAUACUACGUCGAGCACUCUUUGAAGAUACAGGAGGAAUGUAUCCAGAAUUGAUAACUCGCCCCGAUCUCAAAGUAUUUUUACCUCCCAUUGGAGGGCUCACCGUGUAUAUAUUUGGAAAUCCAAAAUAUGUUAGUGACCCAAGUAAACGGUUGACUGUGCGUGUUCAUGAUGAAUGCAAUGGAUCAGAUGUGUUUGGAUCUGAUAUUUGUACUUGUAGACCUUAUUUGAUUUUUGGUAUGGAAGAGUGUGUUAAAGAAGCUCAAAGAGGGGGAUCAGGUGUAAUUGUUUAUUUUCGUAAAGAAGGACGUGCUCUUGGUGAGGUAACUAAAUAUCUGGUCUAUAAUGCUCGUAAACGUUCUACCGGCGUAAAAGAUAUGCGAUUUCAAGCAUUGAUGCCGGAUGUUUUACAUUGGCUCGGAAUCAGUAAAAUUGACAGAAUGAUGUCAAUGUCAAAUAUGAAAUAUGAUGCUAUCGUAGGUUCAGGAAUUGAAAUCCAUGAACGAGUUCCUAUUCCUGACGAAAUGAUUCCACCUGAUUCUCGUGUCCCUACCAAGGAAGAACUUUCGCAAGUUAAAGGUAGAGAAUGGGAUGAUAUCCAACAUUAG